AUGAAAAACCUUUAUCAGUUCAUCACAUCGACAAGCUAUCUUAAAGAGCCACCUUUCGCGAAAUUUCCACCACAAAUCAACACACAAUCUUGCACAUCAAAUCAGGUACCAUUGGAACUUCUAUCUCAGCUAUAUAUGUACUUAUAAACAGUUUGUUUGUUUGUUUGUUUGAUAUCCAGAAAGUUAUAUUCCCAGUUUAAGGAGGUUUCAAGCCUUUAUUGAAGGGCGUUUGAAAGUUUUUGCAUGCAAUAAAAUAUUGAAUAAGUUAUACAGUUCUAGACUCUCUGUAAGAUGUGCAUUUUAAUAUAACAACCCUCUGUCUGCAGCUAUUGAAAGACAAUGCAACAAUCGCCUACGAGAAGAUGGAUAUCUUCAAAAGUCCACUGUACAUGGCCUUAUCUUAUGAAGAAAACCAAGGGCCGCUGCACAAUUCGCUGGCUCAGGUGCUCUGGGACAUAAGCACUUACGUCAAUGCUUCAACUGUGAUGCUCAGUCGUGAGGUACUAAUAAGAAGCUAAUUUUAACUGCUUUCAGAGUAAAAUAAACUUGCGGAAAUUUCACCCUCCGCCACAGAGGCUCUUAUCGAUAUUCCAAAAGAAAGCGUUAUACAAGGACUGGAAAAUUUGUGAGAGGGUUCGUUAUAUCGAAUUUUUUUUUCAUAUAUUGUACUAUUGCUGGGGCGAAGAAUAUCAUUCGUUACAGCGAGGACUCCGCACCUAGAGGUUCGUUUAUCGAGGUUCCACUGUAAAGCAAAAGUAAGAAGCCCGCGGAGGACGAUGGAAAGAGGGAGCUCUGUUUCUCUUUACCUUCCCAUCGUCCCUCGCGCGCUUUCUUUUUACCUCUUUCCCCAGCUAUCUUAGCACGGAAGAUAGAGGGGUUAAAUCAUGCUUAUUUGUUCCCAAAUUUCUCUGUUCCGUAUCGAUCACAAAAGCCACUGGUCGUGUUUUGCAGCCUAAGAAAGUCAGAAGUAGCUUCUUAAGAAUACUACUGGCCCCAUUUGUUCAAACGUUGGAUAGCGCGAUCCAUCGGAUAAAUCAUUCUCCCGAAGAUAAGUUUUAGGGAAACCAAUUGUGCUAUCCACUGGAUAGAGAUUUAUCCAGUGGAUAGCGUUAUCAACCUUUCGAACAACUGGGCACUGAAAUAAAGAAUCUAUUAAACAUAAGAAUAUAAUACUGAUCUAUUGAAUUCAAUACACUAGUAUUUACAGCUGAAUUUACACUUCUCAAACCUACUCCAAAUGAAAUAGUUUUAGGAAAUGUAGCAUGUUAAGUAGCCUGUGCACAGACACCCCCUCCUCGGUACACAGGCUGCAUGGUAGGCGCAUUAAGUAUAAAAGACACACUUUCCAUUAACAACUUGAUUUUUUACAAACUUUUCAGAUGCAAAACAAAGGCUUUCCUGUACCCACUACUGCAUACGGAAAUUCUACGGCGCAGAUGAACCGAGAUAUUCGCGUAUAUCUCCAAGCCCUUGUUAAUAUCAACUUGCUGGUAAGCUAUCACAUAAUACAACUAUUAUUACUUUAAAACCCGGCCCUAAAAAGACAUUGGGAUCGAAAAGAUCCUGAAAUAAUGGUUCCUUUUUAUUCAAAAUCACUCUCCUACUGUACUGGAACUAAAAGUCAGUAUGAAAUGAUUUUCUAUGGCCAGGAUGGAGACGGAUCGCAACUUGAUAAAAUUGGGCCACCUUUUUCAAGUAAAGCUCCUGAGUUGUCAAAAAAAAAAACCAAAAAACGAUCAUGCUAUGGUUUUCUUUUGAUAGAAUCAUCUAAUGUCUUUCUUUCAGAAAUCCAAGUAUGGAAAAACAUUCCUUAGAAAACUAGUAAUAAUUUCGGCUCAGCUCAGUGUGUGGCCUUUAAAUAUGGGAGUAACCCCCACCCCCCUCUCCCUAGGCCUGGGACAGGGACCUGUUGAUUAUUCAUGCUAAUGUAUGCUUUAUCGCCUUUGGCUGAGAUGAAAAAAAAUGUCUUCAAAAAUGUCUGAAAUGAAAUCCCUUCUUUUUUACAGAAAGGCCCGAUUACCGAUGACAAGGUGACGAUUUACAGGAAUUACGUCGUACUCCACUCGCUAAGUGGCGUCAUUAAGGAGGCCGCCGUUUGUGUGUACAAUUUAUGA